AUGUCUACUCUUCAUGCUAUUCUUGGAGGAGGAAAAGUGGCUGACAUAAUGCUGUGGAAGGACAAGAAAUCAGCUGGUGCAAUCUUAUUUGGGUUCACCACAUUAUGGUUUUUUCUACAAGUACGAGAAUACCAAUUUGUAUCUCUUCUUUGUGACACCCUCAUGCUGACUAUGACUCUUGGACUCCUCUGGUGCAAAUUCGCAGGACGAAUACUCAAUAGGAUGCCACGUGAGAUCAACAUUCAACUUCCAGAAUCUACUUGCAUCUACUUCAUUGGAACAAUUAACUGGUUCCUCUUGAAGUUAAGCGAAAUCACAUCUGGGAAAGACUUCAAACUCUUCUUUGUGGCAUUGGCUGGUCUAUACAUGAUGUCAACUAUAGGAACUUAUAUCAGCUCAUGGAACCUAAUCUAUACAGUCAUUCUUGCGGUAGGAACAUUGCCAGCUUUGUAUGCAAGAUAUGAAACUCAGGUUGAUACAAUCGUAGCCAGAUGCAUCAGUGGCGUGAAGAGAUUAUACGAAUUGUUUCAGGUCAAAAUUCUUGACAAGAUUCCCAGGCACAGAAAAUCAAAUUAG